AGGGGCUGCCCGACCUCGGGGGCUGCCCGGCCUCGGGGGGGCUGCCCAGCCUCGGGGGCUCCGCCAGCCGCGUCCGCCGGCCGGGCCGGGCCGCUGCCAUGUUCACCAGCACCGGCUCCAACGGGUUUUAUAAAGCGCCUUUGUCGAAGAGUUUGUUACUAGUCCUAAGUGCCAUCUCGAUUCUAUUGACUCUGCUCUUUCAACAUUAUCAGAAGUUCUUUGUGUAUAACCUACAAGCUAUAAAAGAGGAUUUUCAGAUUUGGAGACUUGUAUGUGGAAGAACAAUAUGUCUUGAUUUGAAAGACACAUUCUGUAGCAGUCUGCUCAUUUACAACUUUAGAAUAUUUGAAAGAAGAUAUGGCAGCAGAAAAUUUUCAUCUUUUUUGCUGGGUGCUUGGAUGCUCUCAGCUUUAUUUGAUCUUCUCCUUGUAGAAAUUGCUCAGUAUAUAUUUGGCAUCACCAUCAACAGCUUGCCUUCUGGUUUCUUGAGUCCUGUGUUUGCACUGUUUGUUCCAUUUUAUUCCUCCAUUCCAAGAGUGCAGGUGACACAAGUAUUAGGCCACUUUUCUAUCACAAACAAGUCUCUGGUCUACAUACUGGGUUUACAGCUCUUAACCUCUGGUUCCUACAUCUGGAUUUUAGCCUUAAGUGGAUUGAUUUCUGGGAUUUGCUACAAUAGCAGUAUAUUAAAAGUUCAUCGAAUUCUUUGUGUACCCAGAUGGGUAGCAAAGAUAUUUUCUUGGACUCUUGAACCAGUCUUCUCAUCUGCGGAACCAACAAAUGAAGUUCGAGUGGGAAUGGGAGCAACAGUUGACAUCCAGAGGCAGCAGAGAAUGGAGUUACUGGAUCGUCAAAUCAUGAUGUCUCAGGUUGCCCAAAUGAGGCGGCAAAGACAGCAGCAGGGUGGGAUGAUUAACUGGAACAGACUGUUUCCUCCUUUACGUCAUAGACAUAACGCAAAUUAUCAAGAUCAUCACCCGUCUGAACAAGGCAUACCUCCACCUACUGAGGUUUCUGAAGAGCAGGUUGCACGGCUUAUGGAAAUGGGAUUUUCCAGAGGAGAUGCCCUAGAAGCUCUGAGGGCUUCAAAUAAUGACUUAAAUGUAGCCACUAAUUUUCUACUGCAGCACUGAUGGUUUUCUGUGUGAAGGAACUUCACUCGAUGAGUUUGUACACGCCUGGAAGAGGAUCAAAGCCACCUGCUGGGCAGAGUCACCAAGGUCAGCCCCACGAGGGCGUCAGGAGAGAGAAACUGGCUCCGCAUGACUGGUGACUCAAAGUGAUGUUAAGAAAUGAUGUGAACUGUUCCCAAGCCUUCAGAUCACUUGGUGGUUUCUAGUCUGGUUAUCCUUUUAAAAGUAACUUUAGUUUCUACUUGUUACUGGAUAUCAUCUAAAUUUAUUUUUAAAAUAAAAUAGGUGGGUUUUUUCUUGUAAAUCCUUGUUAGAUGUGUUAUCAGACUUAAUGACUGGGAAAAGAGGUGCCAGCAACUACAACAACUAGAUUUAUCUAUCAAGAAAAAUCGUAUUUUCUUCACUUACAAGUCUAAUUUCUCUAGCUUACGUUAUUUUACAGUACUUGAUUUUUUAUUACAGUAAUAAGAGGUUUGAAGGUCACCUCACUUUCAAUUCAGUAAAGGGUUAUGGGACUAUUAUGUCAUUCUUUGCAAAGUUUUAUUAAUGCCUGUAAUAUUUCAUUUCUCAAAUUUCUUUUUAAAUAAAAGUUGUCAUUCAGCACAUAAUACACAGAUAGGAUGAGAGAAAAUUCAUGUGUGUAUGGCAAGGUAUGGUAAGUGACCACUGUAAAUUUGAAUCUUUACAAACUGAGUGAAUUGCUGUUCAGAUACGGGUCAUGAAGAUACUCACUGGAAGCAAUAAAGGUGAAUCGAAUGAUGCAAUAAGAUCAGAACUGGAAUGACUUGAAUGACUUCCAUGGCUAAUUGAGAGAGGACUUCUGUAACAAUGGAUGUAUGCUGUGUCCUACGUGCUGCUUUCUUUUUUUGUCAGCUGGCUACAUACUAACUUAAAAGACAGUGAUAAAAAGCUUAGUUUUAUAUAUAUAUAGUUCUAGUUUUCUGGUGUCAGAGAUGAGGAUAACCCUUGCAUUUGCUGAAUCCUCACUGUCUGGAGGAACUUAGUGUUGACCACAGGCUGGAAUAUUAACCCCAGGGGUGAUUCAGGUUGGUACAGGAGGUAACAGGACAGUAAUGCCAAGCUCAUACAAUACUGGGUUUGAAGUUUAGAUUAAUAAAUCAGCUUACUUGGCUUGACUCUUGGAAGUGCUCAGUAUUAGCACCUUAGGAUUUGCAGGAGGUGGUGUGGAGAGGAGGGAGCAUCUCUGUAAAGCCAAGCUGAAGGUUCCAAACUGCAACUCCAUGAAACCAAUCUACACAUAUAUCUUAAGCAUUUAACAUAUGUUUCUGUGUGUACUUGUGUUUGUAUAUCGUGUGUAUAUGUGUCCAUUUUUAUACACACAGGCAUAUUUAAUACAUACAUACGUUUAGAAUAAGAUAUAGGUCAUAAAAAAGUAGAAAAGACAAUAGCAGGUGCAAAGGGGAGGAGGUGAAAGAAUAUGGGAGAGAGAAGGAUGUUUGGAAAUCCAAAUGAACACGUGUGUACCAAAGUACAGAUCUACACAGUCUUGCUUGGCCUGGAAAACGUACAGGACAAGAUUUAGGGAGAGAGAGAGACAGAUUUCUUUUCCUUUUUUAAUUAAAUGAUAAAAAUGAAAAAAGUCAGGCACACAAGUCCUUAUCCAGAAAUUGCGUCAAAUUUUUGCAGCUUUCAGCACAGUGCCUGUAUGUAAUUUUUGGUAUUUUCCAGUGCAUGAAGUAAGGGUUUUUUGGAAUGACUGUGUGUUUUCUUGGGCUUUGAUCAAUGUCCUUCAGGAUUUGGUUUGUUGCUAUGAUCAUAUUAUUUAGGCAGGGUCUGGUUUUUAAAUGACAGGUUUUGUUUGCGUGAAGGUGAGGCUCUGUAUGUUUAUAGGCCACGGGCAUUUCUGUACCUAGAGAACUCGGGCAACUUUCUGUCUUAGAAAGGAAAAGACACAUGUAACAAAAAUAAUCGCUGUGAUAAUUUGUAUAUGUAGACUAGUUAAAUGUUUUGAAAUAAGUACAGGUUUUAAUUUUGAAACAUACAGAUUCUUCCUCCACAAAUAUUUUAUGAAAAAGUAGCAAUGAAGACUAAUGAAUUACUUCAGAAAUCAAAUUUUGUCUAUAGGAAAAAAGUCCACCUAGCCCAGGAUAAAUUAAAUAUGACCUGUUCCCUUUCAGACAUUGCCCUGUUCUAGGGACAAGCACAAAGAGCAUUUAUUCCUUGGAAUUUUAAAACAUGUUUAGUGGCACCUGGGGUAUGUAAAAUGAUAUUCUCCAAGUCUAAAUCCUUUCUACUGUUGCCUGUACAGGGGAUAUCCAAAUGUCACAGUUGUGUGGAAAAUUUUGCUGGGCAUUUUGCAAAACGUGGUCAAACGUAAGGGGUAGAAUGCAGGUCUUGGUGAUGUCAGUUCAAAACUCCCCUUGACCUCUGUGAGAAAAGUUGGUACUCAAAAUGCUUCCAGGGUUGUGAUUUCCAAUUAAAAAAAAAAAGAA